AUGGCUGAUGUUAAGCUGAACGUAGCGUUAUUCUACAGAAGGCUUAAUGUCUUGAUCAAGUCUUGGAAGGAUGCUAAUGAGCCUGAUGUGGAAAAACUACAAUCCACCGGAGGAAUUAUAUUGGUCGCCGGAAACACCGAUGAAUCUAACCCCUACAAGAAAACGGGAGCAUUACAGACGUUUCUCCUGGGAUACGAAUUUCCAUCUACCCUGACUUUCAUCACACACGAUUCAGUCACAUUUCUUUGCUCCGAGAGCAAAGCGAAAAUUCUCGCACCUCUUGCAAAACCCCCCAGCGAUGCACUCGGUCCAGACGAAAACCUAGAUAUCGAUGUCAAAGUUAUCGUCAAGCCGAAGGACUCGGCAGGAUCAACUUCGGCAAUGGAAACUGUACUCUCCUCUAUGGAAGAAGUCGUCUCAAAAGACCAAAAAAUUGGUCGCUUACUCAAAGACAAGUACACCGGGAAGUUUGUGGACGAAUGGAAUGCAUUUUUGAAAAGCAAAGGGAAGGAGGCUUUGGUUGAGGAAGCUGCAGAUAUUUCUCCCGGGGUCUCCGUCAUCUUGGCCACCAAAGACGCACAAGAAAGAGAAUAUACAGAAGUCGCUUGUCAGAUGGCCCAUAAGCUAAUGUCGGUUUUAUGCAAUCAAAUGACCAACUUGAUAGAGACCGAAAAAAAAAUAACGCAUGAAAAACUCGGAGAUCUGAUUGAGGGCAAGCUCGAAGAUGCUAGCGUAUGGAAAGGAGCCAAAUAUGCCCCCGAUUUUGAUAACACGUACGCAGAUUUAUGUUACACACCCAUCAUUCAAUCGGGUGGCGAAUAUGACUUGCGCACGUCGGCCCAAUCUUCCACGGAGAGACUCAAAGACACAGGGAUCAUUCUAGCGAGCUUGGGCGUCCGAUAUAAAUCGUAUUGUUCCAAUGUAUCUCGUACUAUAAUGAUUGAUCCACAUCCAACUCAAGAAGUCAACUACAAAUAUUUGCUUGAAUUGCAAAAAUUUGCCCUUGAAGCAAUGAAGGAAGGCGUGGCCGCCAAAGACUUUUUCAGCAUCGUCAAGUCCAAGGUAGCAGCGGACCGAGCCGAACUUGAGUUGUGCUUGCCCAAGAGCUUCGGCUUCAGUCUUGGAAUAGAGUUUAGAGAUUCGUUUUUGACCUUGACCCCGAAGUGCUCUAGAUUCUUGAAAGAAAAUAUGAUUUUCUCCUUGACCCUCUCCUUUGCCGACAUUGAAGAUCCGUUCGACAGUAGCAAAACUUACUCACUACAACUAAUCGAUACCGUGCGAGUCGGAAAGGAAGCAUCUACUAUCUUAUGCGAUGGACUGAAAGAGCUUUCUCACAUCGCUUUCUUCUUCAAUGAUAAGCCAUCCAAGUCGAAGAAUGGUAAACCUCAGAACGCCGGCAAAUCUACCGCAGUCUCGCCAAGCAAGAAGAGCACUUCUCCAAGAAAAGGCGGUGCGGCCGUUGUAACGACAUCCCGAAAAGGUCGACUUCGAAACGAUGGCAAGGAAGUUGAUAAUGAGGCAACUGCAAAGCGCAAAAUCCACCAAAAGGAAUUGGCCGAACGAAGACAAGAAGAAGGACUGAGCAAGUAUGCUGAAGAUGAUGGCACUGGGAAGGGUUCUGAAGUGAAACAGUGGAAACGGUUUGAAAGUUUUCCUAGAGAGCGGGAUCUUCCUAGCGCGGUCGCUAGCCUUCGAAUCAUCGUGGAUACCAAUAAACGGAGCUUCAUCUUGCCCAUUAACGGCUUUGCCGUACCUUUCCACAUCAACACAUUGAAAAAUGUUGUGAAGCAAGAGGAAGGUGACUACACUGUCCUUCGAUUCAUGCUUGUUGCACCAGGCCAAAUCACCGGCAAAAAAGAAGAUACGCCAUUCGAGGACCCCAAUGCAACUUUCAUUCGAGGAUUAACCUAUCGCAGUACUGAUAACGACCACAUGGCCGAGGUUUACAAAAAAGUUACUGACUUGAAGAAAGCAGUCUUGAAGCGAGAGAAAGAUCAAGCCGAAAAGGCAGACGUGGUCGAUCAAGAUCAGCUUAUUGAAAUCAAACAUCGACGACCAAUAAAAAUGCUGGAUAUUUCCGUCCGUCCUUCGUUUGAUGGUAAAAGACAAGCCGGAGAUGUGGAGAUUCACUCGAAUGGUAUCCGCUAUCAAUCUACUCUUCGCUCGGACCAUCGAAUUGACAUCUUGUUCAACAACAUCAAACACAUUUUCUUCCAACCUUGCGAUCACGAGCUGAUCGUGAUAUUGCAUAUCCACUUCAAGUCGCCCAUUUUCAUUGGCAAAAAGAAAACAAAAGAUAUUCAGUUCUUCCGUGAAGCUUCAGAGGCCACGUUCGAUGAAACUGGAAAUCGAAAACGCAGAAGGCAGAACAAUGGUGGCGAUGAGGACGAAACUGAAGCUGAGCAAGAGGAGCGAAGGAAGCGAAAUGAACUCAACAAGCAUUUCAAAUCAUUUGCUGAUAAGAUUGCGGAUGCUUCAGACGGUCGAUUGGAAGUCGAUAUGCCAUUCCGAGAGUUGGGCUUCCAAGGCGUACCAUUCCGAUCGAGCGUCUUGCUUCAACCCACAACCGAAUGCCUUGUUCACUUGGUCGAGCCACCGUUUUUGGUCGUAACAUUGACUGAAGUCGAGGUUGCUCACUUGGAGCGAAUUCAGUAUGGACUCAAGAACUUUGAUUUGGUAUUCGUGUUUAAAGACUUCACCAGAACCCCGAUCCACAUUAAUACCAUCCCGAGUGGACAGAUCGAAAAUGUUAAGGAGUGGAUUGAUUCAUGUGAUAUCCCAUUUUCGGAAGGGCCUGUGAACCUGAACUGGACAGCCAUUAUGAAAACCGUAACAGAUGAUACCUACGAAUUCUUCAAAGAGGGGGGGUGGAGCUUCUUGAACUCUCAAUCCGACGAUGAGGACGAGGAUGGCAAUUCCGAUGAUGAAGACUCCGCAUUUGAAGUAUCAGAUGACAUUUAUGAGUCAUCAAGUGACGAUUCUGAUUCUGCAUCCGAUUUCGAUGAGAGUGCAUCUGACUCUGGUGGCUCGUCAGGCUCUGCGGAAGGGACUGAGUCCGGCUCAGAAGCAUUGGAUUGGUCUGAUCAAGAAAAACGAGCAGCCCGAGCCGACCAAAACAAAAAGAAGGGAGCGGCCGAGUCCUCAUCCAAAAACAAGAAGGGUAAAAAAGGGAGAGAUCCUUCCGAUGAUGAUGAUUCCGAUGUAUCUAUCGAUAGUGAAGAGGAAGCUAAAAAACAAAAGAAGAAAAAAGCUCCGGCGCGGAAACGUUAA